AUGUCCACCAGAUUACAAUUUGCCAAGCAAGCAUUGAGACGUUAUACCGUGAGUGCCACUGAUGGAUCCGGUAAGAUCUCUUCUUUAGCCGUCAAGGUUCAUGCCGGUUCUAGAUACGCCACUAAGGACGGUGUCUCUCAUCUUUUGUCAAGAUUUAACUUCCAGAACACUAGUGGUAAAUCUGCAUUAAGAUUGGUUAGAGAAUCUGAAUUGUUAGGUGGUAAAUUUGAGUCUAGUGUGAGUAGAGAAUAUAUUACUUUGAAAGCUACUUUCUUGAAAGAAGACUUGCCAUACUAUGUCAAUGCUUUGGGAAAUGUUCUAUACAAGACUUCAUUUAAAGCUCAUGAAUUGAAAGAAACUGUUCUUCCAGCUGCGCACCACGAUUUGCUAGUCGCACAAACCUGCCCACUGAAGAAGGCUGAAGAAUUGUUGUAUAAUGUGACUUACAGAAAAGGUCUAGGUAACACUGUAUUGUACGAUGGUGUCGAGAAAGUUACUUUGGAAGACAUCAAGGAGUUUGCCGACAAGGUUUACACUAAGGAAAACAUCGAGAUUGUGGGCCACGGUGUCAACGAAGCUGAUUUGAAGAAAUUCGUUGCUGACUCACUAUUGAGCUCUUUGCCAAAUGGUACUCCAUUGGCCGCCUCCGUGGCUCCAAAGACAUACUCUGGUGAAUCCAGAGCUAGAUUUGCUGAUGCGGACUCUGUCGCUGCCAUUGCUGUACCAGUGACUAAGGAGAAAUUCGGUCAAUACGAAGUGCUAGCCCGUUACCUGACUUCACCACUAUCAGACCUAUCCUCUGUCGUCCACUCCGCUAAAUUGCAGAGAUUCCAAGACGCUGGGCUAUUCGCCCUCUACGUCAAGGGCCCAGACGCCGCAACCGUUGCCCAGGACCUCAAGAGAGUUGUCUCUGAGCUAAAGAAGGGCAAGGACCUAUCUGUCGCCAAGGAAUACGCUGCUUUGAAGAUCGCUUUAGACAACGACGGUUGUUCCGUGCCAGCUGAACUCAAGAUCGACAAUGUUGGCAACUUUAAGCUAGGUGACUUCAACUACGUCGCUGUCGGUGACGUCUCCAAGCUGCCUUUUGCAGACGAGUUGUAA